AAUCCACACCAAAAUAUCUCUCUCUCUCUCACUACCACCGCUACCAAAUCAAGCCAAAAUCAUCCCACAAUGGCCGCUACAUUGUCCUCCUUCCGCCUCCCCACCGUCGCCACCACCGCCAUCCCCCACCCACCGAAGCCCGAUCCGAACCGCAGAUCCAACAAUUGGUGGGCGCCCAUCCUCGGCUGGUCCGCCGAGCCCGACUACAUUACCAACCAAAACUCCGAUCCCGCUGCCGAAUCGAGGCGGAUCUCGGCCGACAAGAUCCUCUUCCGCGGCUGCUUCACGGAGCAGAAGGCGAAGGAGCUGCGGAAGAAGACGAUCGAGACGACGACGUUUCACGACAUUAUGUACCAUUCCGCCAUCGCCUCCCGCCUCGCCUCCGAUCUGUCCGGCCGCGCCGAGGAUCGUUGAAUCGGAGCGUAAGAAUCAAUCUGCCGACUCGCCUAUCUCUGCUUUUUUUUAAAAAUUUGUUGAAUAACAAAUUGUAAUAAUCUAGGGUUUUCAUUUCUAUGUACGCGCUUAUUCGGUGCUUGUUUUAAUUGGUACCGUUUGAUGCUUGGAUCAUGGGGGAAUUUUUAAUCCCGUGCUGUGAAAUUUAGGUUUAAUGGUGAUGGAUCUUUUUGAGUUUAUUUGUCA